AUGCAGGCUCUGGUGAUAGAUUUUGAGGCGGUAAAUGAGCCAUCUACUUCAUACACUCCUCAAUGUGACACCUAUAAUUCGAAUUGGGUCCUAAUACAUCACAAAGAAGCGCAGUUUAACUCUGAAAGAAAUGGCGCCAUAAAUUUUACGGGAAAUGAACACGAUGCAAGAAUGGCAAUGAUGCCGAUCGUCGUUUGUGAGAGACGCGUUCAUUGUAUGAUUUGCGAUCUGGAGAUCGACGACGUGCAAGCUAUCCCCGGAAAUGAAAGCCUUCACCUUCCCACUUGCAGCAUUGGGAAGGAAUUCAAAUGUGAAGUAUGUAGCGAAGAGUUUAACAAAGCAGUGAACCUUCGGGUGCAUACUUGUGUGGUCCACGAAGCCGAGAGCCAAGGAACGAGCGAAGAAUGCUCUACGACGAUCUCCUUCGACCAAAUGGCUCUACACAAGAGACAGCACGUGCUUCUCAAGAGAAUGUCGAAAAAGUCUUCAUUUGCUAUUCCGCUGCCCACCGACGUGCUAAACGGCCGAUCCCAUGUUUGCGAGGUUUGCGAAAAACGGUUCAAAAGGCCUGCCGAGCUGAAGCGUCACUUGGCGACGCAUUCAGGCAUUCGCGCAUUCCGCUGCGACCAGUGCGAUCGUAGCUACGCGCACGAGCGGGGGCUACUGACGCACGUCGAGCGUGACCACGAGAUGCGACGGUACGCGUGCCCAAUAUGCCGGGCGCCUUUCAAAAGCAUCCAAAGUAUGGAGCGCCAUGCGCAGGCAGUCCAUCGCAUCGGGCAAAGCGAGGCCGCGCAUUAUGCCUGCCCGCAAUGUACAUGUAAAUUUAACAACAUCGGUGCCCUGUCUGUGCACCUGAAGCAUCAACACGAAUCCGGUGAGUGGCGGAGAGCCCACAUCCGUUCUCACACCAUGGAGAAGCAGAAUCGGUGUAAGCGAUGCGGGAAGAAGUUUUUGUCGCGAAACGGGUUGAAGACGCAUAUGGAGAUUCAUUUGAGGCAGGAUAUGGUGGACCCGACGCUUGCCAUGCAUCGUUGUACGGAUUGUUUUAAGCUGCUGAUGCUCUACGUCGUCAUAAAGCCAUUCACCAGCUUUAUCAAUGUCGGAGAUGCGGGGCCCGACUUCCAUCAUCGGUGCGUUUGCGACACCACGAAGCGGCAUGUCCGGCAGAAGGCGAAAGUGGGUCUAUCUGGAGAAUUAUACUUACUUAAUAAAAACACCUCUAGCGGUUCUUUGAUGCAGCUCGGCGAGACGGCUAGCCAGCGCCACGAUUCGCCGGUCAGGACGUCGACCUCGAGACCGGCUUCCGUUGCAGGCCUUCCGGUUCAUGGACGUGCGCAACAGCCUUGUAUGUACAGUUGCCGUAUCUGCUCGCUGACCUUCCCGAAUUUCUCGACGUGGCGCGUCCAUACCCGCGCCCAUUCUGGCCGCCCGCUACGCUCACAUAUUUGUUGGCUAUGCCACAAGGCGUUUUCCAGUUUUCAACAGUUGACGCGCCACAAACAGGUGCACGAGCGGGAAAGGCCGAUGAAUUGCGUCGUCUGCCAGCGUAGCUUUAGGAAUAGAAAUCGUUGGCUGGUGCACAUGGCCGAGUGCCAUCCGGACGUGCGCACGACGGAAACGUUGCCGCACGAUCGGACGGGUGCGGCUUCGGCUCAACACCAUCAGCACCCGCCGACCCAGGGGGAUGCUCAACCAACGCGGGCGCAAUCGGCGAAUAUGUUCGCACCUCAGGGCGACUACUAUAAUGAUCUACUGGCCGGUCCAGCCGACGGGAUGUACAUGAUCAAUGCGCUCGAUUUCGGGCAUAACGUGCCGGCACCAGACUUGUCGAUGGGCUUUGAACCCGGCCCGCCGGUGCACCAAAUGCCGGCCUAUGUGAUGCCCGCACAACCGGUACCCGAGCCUCCACUUCCGGUGCCUUCUACGACGAGCGCGGCGACAAGCUUGACGCCACGGUGUCCCGUCUGCAGUCAUCUCUACGACACGAUGGCGCAUCUGGUGCAGCACUGCGAGCAGCUAACCGCCGAGCCGGCUCAUAUGCUGGCAGUCUACGAAUGCCUGGUCUGCGGCGGCAAGCUGAAAGGGUCGGCCACGUUCAUCGAGCACAUGCGAGAGGAGCAUCAAGUCACGUACGAUGCAGAAGAUACACAACACUUACCGGCUCCCCUGGCGCGAAAAGCUCGACGAGUUAGCGAGCCGGCCAAGACGCAGCUCUCCUGUCCGAUAUGCCAGAAAACGUUUGCCAGACGCUAUGAUGUAGAUCGACAUAUGAAAAGCCAUACAGGCGAGAAGGCAUUUGGGUGCGGGCGUUGCGGGCAGCGCUUCUCGACGUCCUACCACUACAAUGAUCAUCUCAGUCGGCACGGCGAGGAGGACAACGGGGCUCGGGCUUUUGCUUGCACUUUAUGUGCAAAGACAUAUGCCGCUGCCAGCUCGCUCAAAACGCACAUGCGGAAGCACACCGGCGAGCGGCCGCAUAAAUGCAGGCAGUGUGAAGCGGAUUUUAUGACUUCCGGUGACUUGUCGCGGCAUCUGAAGUGGCAUGCGGCCGGCUGCCCGAAGAAGCGCACCGUGCUCAAGCUGCCCGAAUUGGCUGCGAGCACCGCAGAAGGCGAUUCUCGCACACGGGAACAGUUGGCGAUGACGGUGCGCCAGAUUAGCAGCCUCAAGAAACGGCCACUUGAGGUCCACACGUCCAGCGCAUUUUCGGCGCCGCUAGGGGAUGCGGCCACUCGGCAACAGCCCACGUUGUGCUUGAUGAUCAGCACCUCACCGGAGGGGUAUUUCGUCGAGAUCAGCGCCGCUCACUCGCAGGAUCGGCCACAGGUUGGAUGUUUAGAGUUCAAAGUU